GGAAUUAUGACUAGUCAGAAUCAAAUUGUAGAUAUCUCAAACUGGAAUUACAGAUAUCUACAAUUCAGUUGCAGAUAUCUGUAAUUCACAAAGUGGAUAUCCGCAACUGAAUUGUAGAUAUCUGCAAUGAGAAACCCCAUAGACAUGAAUGGCGAAAAUGACGUAAUUUCGCCUAGGAGGAAUGUCUUUGUGGAAAUCUGAAAUGACAAUUGUGGAUAGGAGGAAUGUAGUUGCGGAUAUCCGAAAUGUGAGUUUUGACUAGGCGAAACAGAAUUGCAGAUAUCUGCAACACAUAUCCAGUCUAGCGAAUUUAUGUCAAAUCGGCUUGCCAUACUCAGGGAGAGAUCUCCUGCAAGGCAACAUAGAGCACCAGCGCCAUGUAUCAUUAUCUGCAAACUGUACAAUGAACAAAAACUGAAUGAAUGUCUUUCAACCCCACAACCUUGUGUUUGGAGGAGCCCAGUAAAAGUCACCUAGGUGGCGUGUAGCAUUGACAUAGAUCUUGUGAUUCUGUAUAAAAUGAUACUUGCAGGCGCAUGCAUGGGCACAUCAAGGAUGUUUAUCUCUCUGUGGUUGACCAACAUCCUUCGAUCUGACCAUAUAAGCAACUCAUUUUGGAUCUUGUGUUUCAGUGCCGCCUUUCUUUUAGCAUCAGAAACAAGCUAUGGCGCGUUCAUUGCUAGCUCUUGCUAAAACCUUGUGUUUCAUCCUCCAUGUCCAGUCAUGUACUUGUGGCGAGGCUGAGAUCAUCGGAGGAAAGAAGGUGAAGGCUCAUUCUCUGCCCCACAUGGCUCUCCUGUAUAACAGCGAAGAAGAGCCACGAUGCGGGGGAACCCUCCUCUCUUCCACAUGGGUGCUGACCGCGGCCCACUGUUUCAAGUACAAAAUAGAUACAGUGCGUCUCGGGGUGGUCACCAUUAAAAACAGCAAGACGGAUGGAUUUGUUCAGGCCCGGAAGGUUGCAAGGCAAUACCAACAUCCUUGCUAUAACGCUGACACUAAUAUCCAUGAUCUCUGGCUGCUUAAGCUCAGCCAAGCGGUGGAAGAGACCACAGCCAUAAAGUAUUUGCCAUUGGCAAAUACAAUCUCAGACCCCAAGGAAGGCACCAUAUGUAUGGUGGCUGGUUGGGGGUUGGUCAAAGUUGAUAUUAAAGAGAUGUCAGAUGAUCUGAUGUCCGCCGAUGUCACUGUUAUCAAAAGGGAAACGUGCAACUUAACCAAAUAUAACAAUACCGGGUACACCAUCACUUCUGACAUGGUAUGUGCCGGAACUGUAGAAGAGAAUCAGGUCGUUCGGGAUACUUGUCAGGGAGACUCUGGAGGACCUCUGAUGUGCAACGGUGAGCAAGUAGGAAUCACUUCCUUUGGCAUCGGCUGUGCCAAUAGGACCAAACCAGGAGUGUAUGCUUUCCUUUCCAAACAACACAUUGACUGGAUAAAUGGGAAAAUUAAGAACGAGAGUUAUUCUGAGGAAUGUGCAACUCAAUGAUGUCAAAAUGAUGUUCAAAUAAUUGUUUCGAUAUACGAGUUAAUGUUUAUUAUUGGAUGAAAUCUGUGCUAAGUAAAAUCAAUCAGGUGGUAAAAGUUAUUGAUAAGGAGUUCUAAACUCAUAACAGCCAGGCUU